AUGAUGCUUUAUCUGAGAGCAGCCCUAUUUGGAGCAGUCAUCUGCUAUCUGACAGAUGUGACGUCAGCACAAGACAAAAAGAUUGACAUUCUGGAUCAAGUUAAGGAUGUUAUGAGAUUUGCAAAGGAGAAAGGAGAACGAACGGUCAAGGAAAAGAAAGAACAGAGGAAACAUUUCUUUGAUAGUGGCGUAGACAAACACAACCAUGGCAAUAGUGUAAGACAGCUUCACCAGCUGAAGAUGUCAAGUCCCGAGACUCGGGCGAAGGAGGAACAAGCCAUUCAGUCACUGGCUGCAACCAGGGAACUCCAACAGCUAACUGGCAUGAGCCUACAGGAGAUCCAGGAUUCGGAAGAGAUCGUGUCGGAGUGGCGAAGGCAGACACAGUGCCCGAGCGUAAUAACGGCGCCUCAAUGUCCGACGACCAGCUCGUUAUACCGCACAAGCAACGGUCAAUGUAAUAAUCUACAGAACCCGGACUGGGGCUCAGCCGGCAUCUCACAGAGACGCUAUCUCGAUGCCAAAUACAGCGACGGUAUCGGUUUACCAAGAAACAUAAGCAGCAGAGAUUCCACUGCACUGCCUAGCGCUCGCGUUGUCAGCAAUGUUCUGUUUGUGAACACGAGUUCACAAAGAACAGAUAGCGAGAUGUCUCUAAUGGUUAUGGCAUGGGGACAGUUUCUAGACCACGACAUCACACUCACGCCCACUGCGGCAGGUGAAGAAGGAUCACAAAUUGAUUGCUGUGACACGACCGGUACCGGAAGAGACGAGUGUUUCCCAAUAACCAUCCCGACGAAUGACCAACAUUUUAGGACCAAUUGUAUGUCCUUUGUAAGGUCGUCCGCCGCUGUGGACUCUUGUGAUCCAGCUAUGCGACAGCAGACAAAUGCUAUCACGUCAUUUGUGGACGGGUCUAAUGUGUACGGAUCUUCCGCAGCUGAGACCACUAAUCUCAGACAAUUCCGCAAAGGAAAGCUGAAGUCUUCGCAAGGAAACCUGCCCCCAGCUGGAAGUGAGGACUCAUGUAUUGUGUCUAAGACAGGGGAUUUUUGUAUCGAAACGGGUGACGUCCGAGCCAAUGUUGUGCCACAUCUCGGGGCAAAUCACGUGCUGUUCUUCCGAGAGCACAACCGUAUUGCCAAAGAGUUGUCUACCUUGAAUCCACAAUGGAACGACGAGAAGACGUUUGAGGAGACACGAAAGAUUAUAUCUGCGCUUCUCCAGCAGAUAACGUACUACGAAUGGUUACCCAGCAUCCUGGCACCAGAAUUUCUGGAGAUUUACAACCUAAAGCGUUCAAAUAGAGACCCGUACAGCGCAAGCGUAGACCCCACCAUAAAGAACUCGUUCGCUGUGGCGGCAAUGAGGUACGGACACUCUCUUGUGAGCGGGGUCCAGGCAUUCCUGCUCCACGACUUCAUGACAUACGAAGUAAAGCCCAUUGAAGAGACGUUCUUUAAGCCCUCAAUGGUCGUAGGUAACCGCGGAAAUGACGUUCCAAUGCUUGCACGGUGGGUCUGCGCAAACGAAUCAAUGAAAAGAGACAGGAUUUUGGAGCGCGGUAUCCGUGACCUUCUUUUCCUUGAUUCUGAAGGUCACAGCUUUGACCUCGGUGCACUAAACGUCCAGAGAGGACGAGACCACGGUGUACCAUCCUACAAUGACUGGCGCGAGUGGGCGGGACUCCCCAGGGCAACGGCAUUUAGUCAGUUAUCGGAGCAUACUAAACGGGAGAUCCGUUUAUUGCAAAAGGUUUACAACCAUGUGGACGACAUCGAUCUUUUCGCCGGCGGUAUCUCUGAGAGGGACGUUAGUGGCGGUCACCUAGGACGAGUUUUCAGCCAUAUCUUUGCACGUCAAUUCUCAGAACUGAAGGCUGGAGAUAGAUUCUUCUAUGAAAGGCCCACAGCGGAAGGAUUCACCAAGGACCAAUUGGCAGAGAUCAGAAAAGUGAAGUUGUCCAAAGUCAUGUGCGAAAACUUCGGACUCGAUUUGAUUCCAGAAAACGUCUUCAAGUUGGUUGGCAUUGCCAGGACAAAGAAAUCGUGCGAGUCACUGCCUGGUAUGGAUCUAUCUAAGUGGAUAUCUGGAAAUGGAAGUGGAGAUGAUGGUGGUACAUGUAGUGGUAGCGGACAUGGUAGUGGUAGUGGUAGUGGACAUGGAAGUAGAGAUGGUAGUGGUAGUGGAAAUGGUAGUGGUAGUGGUAGUGGACAUGGAAGUGGAAGUGGGCAUGGUAGUGGUAGUGGUAGUCGACAUGAAAGUGGUAGUGGUAGUGGACAUGGUAGUGGUAGUGGUAGUGGACAUGGAAGUGGAGAUGGUAGUGGUAGUGGAAAUGGUAGUGGUAGUGGUAGUGGACAUGGAAGUGGAAGUGGGCAUGGUAGUGGUAGUGAUAGUGGACAGGGAAGUGGAGAUGGUAGUGGUAGUGGACAUGGAAGUGGAGAUGGUAGUGGUAGUGGAGAUGGUAGUGGACAUGGAAGUGGUAGUGGAGAUGGAAGUGUUAAUAGUAGUGGUAGUGGAGAUGGGAGUGGAGAUGGUAGUGGUAGCGGACAUGGUAGUGGUAGUGGACAUGGUAGUGGUAGUGGACAUGGAAGUAGAGAUGAUAACACUAGUGGAAAACGGAGACCAUAG